AGAUUUAUAGCUAAAAUAUGCACUUUUUAUGAACAAAACAUAGAUUUAUUGUGUAACAUGUUAUAUGACUGUCAUCUGAGGUCGUUUUUUCUGGGCUCUUUAGGUUGGUUUUAGUUUAUUUCGGUUGGUUGUGCAUGCUACUUCAAUCAUAAUUCAUACUUCAUAAUCAUAAUUCAUACGUGUCUGUCCACUUUUGUAUUUGGUGGUGAGCUAACAUAAAUAUAUGUGGUGUUUUCUCUGUAAAACAUUUAAAAAAUCGGACAUGUUGGCUGGAUUGACAAGAUGUUUAUCUUUCAAAUGCUGUAUUGGACUUGUUAAUGUGUAAAAGUUAAAUAUUUUUAAAAAAUAGAUUUUGAAUUUCGCGCUCUGCAGCUGUUGUCAUUUUCGGUCCGAGGUCGGGCUUGCACCCCAAACAGGUUAACAGUUUGCAUGCUACUGAUUAUAUUCCUCUCCCAGAUUGGCAUGGUACAGUAGUGUAACGGAUGUGAAAUGGCUAGCUAGUUAGCGGGUGCGCGCUAGUAGCAUUUCAAUCAGUUACGUCACUUGCUCUGAGACUUAAGUAGUGUUGCCCCUUGCUUUGCAAGGGCCGCGGCUUUUGUGGAGCGAUGGGUAACAAUGCUUCGUGGUCGACUGUUGUCGAUGUGUGCAGAGGGUCCCUGGUUCGCGCCCGUGUUGGGGCGAGGGGACGACGUAAAGUUAUACUGUUACAUUGAUGCUGUUGACCCGGAUCACUGGUUGCCUCGGCCUUUGUGGAGCGAUGGGUAACGACCGUGCUUCGUGGGCAACCGUUGUUGAUGUGUGCAGAGGGUCCCUGGUUCACGCCCGUGUCGGGGCGAGGGGACGGUUUAAAGUUAUACUGUUACAUUGAUGCUGUUGACCCGGAUCACUGGUUGCUGCGGAAAAGGAGGAGGUUGAAAGGGGGGUGAGUGUAACGGAUGUGAAAUGGCUAGCUAGUUAGCGGGUGCGCGCUAGUAGCAUUUCAAUCAGUUACGUCACUUGCUCUGAGACUUAAGUAGUGUUGCCCCUUGCUCUGCAAGGGCCGCGGCUUUUGUGGAGCGAUGGGUAACGACGCUUCGUGGGCGACCGUUGUCGAUGUGUGCAGAGGGUCCCUGGUUCGCGCCUGUGUCGGGGCGAGGGGACGGUUUAAAGUUAUACUGUUACAGUAGCAAGAGAGAAGGUUGUGGAUGCUGUGUUCAUUUGUACCCCAGACCGUCAUCAUAAGCUUAUAGUAGAAGAGGAUACAUGUUACUCAAUCAAUCAAAUUUGCUAGCUAUGUCACAGAAUCUGAUCAACCAUUUCAACAACUAUUUUAGGAUGCACAGGGUCUGACAAGGUUACUCCUAAAAGUGUUUUGCCCUUUUGAUGCUACAGUGUCAAAAAGGAGAAUGACACUCAUGUUAACAUUUAGAAUCUAUGAUUGCUGUUCUAGGAUAGUGUGUUUUCUUGUCUUUUUGUCCAGGACCCUGCCAUAGCACUGGCAAAGAAAGGCUACCAUAUUCUUCUGGAGAAGCCCAUGGCUGAGGAGCUGUUGUAUAACAGCCAUGAGAUUUGAGUGUUUGACAUCCUCAUGGGGAAUGCCACCAAGCACUGCAGAGCCCAGCGCCCCAGUGGCCUUUGGUAUGGAUGGGAAGUCUUCAUCUCUGCUAUGGUGUCCAUAGGAUCUUCAUUCCCAGCACAGCCAUGGAUGUAGGGAGAAGUAUGGAGCUCCAAAAGAUGAACGGGCAACAUAGCAGGAACCUUGGCCCAGAUAAGCUCAAUUUAGACGAAGGGUUUGAUGGGCUGGAGUUUAUGGCAGAGCGGGAUGAGUUCCUGCCAGGGACGAGGCCAGGAAUAAAGGCACCUCAGUUCACUGAUUUUGAGGGUAAGACUUCAUUUGGGAUGUCCAUCUUCAAUCUCAGCAAUGCCAUUAUGGGCAGUGGAAUUCUGGGAUUAGCGUACGCCAUGUCCAAUACCGGUAUCAUCCUCUUCCUUAUCCUGUUAUUAUUCAUCGCCAUUUUGUCAGCCUAUUCCAUCCACCUCCUCCUGAGAAGUGCAGGAGUUGUAGGCAUCCGUGCCUAUGAGCAGCUAGGGCACCGUGCCUUUGGACAACCAGGCAAAGUUUUGGCUGGCUCCAUCAUCACCAUGCACAACAUUGGAGCGAUGUCCAGUUACCUCUUCAUUGUGAAGUCUGAGCUUCCGUUGGUCAUGCAGGCCUUUCUGGGCCUGACGGAAAAUACUGGAGAGUGGUAUUUGGAAGGGAGGUACCUGAUCAUCAUUGUAAGCGUCAUUAUCAUCUUUCCACUCUCACUCAUGAGACACCUUGGUUACCUUGGUUACACCAGUGGCUUUUCUCUCUCCUGUAUGGUUUUCUUCCUCAUCUCGGUGAUCUAUAAGAAGUUCAACAUCCCGUGUCCGCUGGAGGAAAUAACCAGUCACAGUAACCACUCAGCGUACGCCUUGAAGGAGAGUCAUGGUAACCACUCAUUCGUCACCCCGGCCUACGUCAAUUCUGAUGUGGACUUCUGUGAACCACAGCUAUUCACCAUCAACACGCAGACAGCAUAUACCAUCCCUAUCCUGGCUUUUGCUUUUGUCUGCCACCCUGAGGUGCUUCCCAUCUACACAGAGCUACAAGAUGCCACCAAGAAACGCAUGCAGACAGUUGCCAACAUCUCCAUUCUGGCCAUGUUCGUUAUGUACGGGCUAACCGCUAUCUUUGGUUACCUUACCUUCUUUGGUGGAGUAGAGUCCGAGCUCCUUCAUACAUACAUUAAAGUGGACCCCUUGGACACACUGAUCCUGUGUGUGCGUAUGGCUGUGCUGGUGGCUGUUACUCUUACUGUCCCUGUGGUUCUCUUUCCGAUUCGCAGGGCCCUGCUGCAGCUGCUGUUCCCUGAAAAGCCCUUCCACUGGGCUCGCCACAUCACCAUUGCUGUGUGUCUCCUUAUCAUCGUCAACCUACUGGUUAUCUUCGUGCCCACCAUCCGAGACAUUUUCGGUAUCAUUGGGGCGACCUCUGCACCCAGCCUGAUCUUCAUCCUCCCGGGAAUCUUCUACAUCAGGAUUGUUCCUGAAGAAACGGAACCUCUAAAAUCCAAACCAAAGAUUAUGGCUUCCUGUUUUGCUGUCUUAGGCUUCAUCUUCAUGGUGAUGAGUACGUCAUUCAUCAUUAUUGAUUGGGUGUCCGGAGAGUCUCGGAGUGGAGGCGGACACUAGCAACAGACAACAAUAAACAAGAAUACCAAAAUGCCAACCAAAGCUCUCCCAAACAUCAAAUUCUCCCCGACGUGCCCAUUAUUUGACCAUAGCCAAAUGACAGGGUCUCGGCUGGACAUGGAAAAUAAUAUAUACUGAACAGAAAUAUAAACGCAACAUGUAAAGUGUUGGUCCUAUAUUUCACGAGCUGAAAUAAAAUAUCCCAGAAAUGUUCCAUAUUUUUAUUCAGUGUAUAAUUUAACUUCCCCCACAAGAUGGCAUUAUGCUCCAUGUGGUGAAGAAAACAGAAGCAGCAGCACAACAACACAAAGCAACAGUUCUGAGGUGACAAACAUUGUGGUUUGCUUUUAGGAUGUUGUUUUGAGGCACUAGUAUAGUUGUCACUGGGACAACGGGUUUAAGUGAAAUGUGUACUAUUUUGACACGAGAAACAAUGAGAAACCGUAGGAAUUGUCUUCUAAGGGUAAUGAUAGUAUUUCUGUUAUAAGUGUACCAAUAAAUGGCUUCAUCAUUGCCAAAGUCAUCAUUACCUUCCUCAUCUACCUCCCUUGAAUCCUCAGUGAGAUAUUUGUAUACGUAAGGAAAUCAAAUGCAUCUAAUAUUCUGGCAUUCUGCAGAUUUUCUCUUUCUGGUAAAGUUUGACUUUUCAAACAAGAUUACAGAAUGUUAUGUAAUUUGCUCUAUUCCUGUCAUUCAAUGACUGUCUGUUGUUUUUAGUGCAAUCAAAUCCAGUGUUUUUGCCCUAUGCUCAUAUACAUAGUGAUAGGUGUAUUGAUUCCACAGCCUCCAGAUGUGAUCAUUAUUGUUAGUUGUUCCAUGAUACCAAACUCAUGUUAGGAUAACACAAUUGAGAGAUGUUCCUAUGAGUGCAGUUAUCAGCAGUGAUAAUGCCAGAAACCCUCCCAAUUAUUCAUGACUGAUUAUUUUAAAAGCUUUCAUUUAAACUCUAUUUAUAUUAUGUCCAGUAACUUGAAUUGGAUAUUUAAAACGUUUCUAUUGUUUAUAUCUAUCAUGUUGUAUAUACAACAAAUGUACUCCUAGUCAUCAUGAAUAUGAAAGGAAAGGGCUGUUUGUGUGAGCAUACAUGCUAAUGUCCACUCAACACAAACAAAUACUGACCUCAGCUUCGCUUGUCAGUCAGACUCAAGAGCAGAAGUAAUACAAUGUCUCCUGCUAUCUUUAGACUUGGCUUUUCUGAGUAAGUCUGUGAGAGCUCAGACAAACUGAGUCCUGUAUCAGACGUGGUAAGCUGAACUAUGGACCAACAUUUUUAAGAGAGAAUGGAGUCUGUGUUUUUUUAUUUGGUCUUAAAAAAAUGUUUAUGUUAUUUGUCCAAUAAAAGUUUAAUGUAAUUACA